ACUCACUCCCAAGUUUCAGGCUCUAAAAAAAAGAUCUUCUUCAAUGGCUGACGCUACCAUGGCACAGACGAGUAAGAAUAACAAGAACCCAGAACAAGAAAAGCAUGCAAAGUUCCCAGUUUUAACGGUGCUCAAGAACAACGCCGUUCUCAAGAAUAUCUUCCUCGUACACGACGGAACCAACGAAGAUCAGACGGUCCUGAUUGGGCGACAACCUGACUGCAACAUCGUCCUCAUGCACCCCAGCGUGAGCCGCUUCCACCUCAGGAUUCGCUCCAACCCUUCUUCCCACACUAUUUCUCUCGUUGAUUUGGCUUCUGUGCAUGGUACGUGGGCUCGUGGGAUGAAGCUGGAGCCGGGGGUGACUGUGGAAUUGAAGGAAGGUGACACCUUCACUGUAGGGGUUUCUACUAGGAUUUAUCGUCUCAGCUGGGUCACUCUUACCCAAUUGAAUGUCUUUGUGCCCCAUCAACAACAAAAAGAAGGUCAACAAGAAGAGAUAAUCAAGGAUGAGAAUUUGGAAUAUAGUGUGCAACGAGAGAUUCUGGAGGCUGAAGACGUGGUUUCUCUUUGUUGUGAUGAAGAGAGCAAGAGCCAUUCUGAAGAUAAGGGAUUGGGAAUUAUCAAUGGAACUGAAACAUCAUGUUUUCCUGCACACUAUGGUGGUGAAAUUAUACACUGUGACCAUCAAAUUAGUGUUUUAUCACCCCCGCAUGUACAAUCACCUCCUUAUGCAAAAUCAGUUGAUGAACUUGAUUACACUGAGAAAAUUGAAGCUUGUCCGAAAGUGGAGAUGCCUGGAGAGCCUAACUUGCUUUGCACAUUGAGAGAGUAUUUGACACAGAACUUAUGUCUGCCUGUUGUGGAAGCGGUCCAGGGGACCAAAGUGGAGCUUCAAGCCCCACAUGGUAGUUUCGCAAAACAACCACCUUCUUUGGAAAUGCUUUGGUCCAGCUUGUCCACAAAUAUUGAUCCUGCGACUUUUGAUGAAAGGGAUGUUGCUGCAGUGGCUGUAACACCUUCAGAAUCUGACAAGGUUGAAGAUAUUUUAACUACCGUACCAAGAACUUUCAAUUCUGAGAACACGUGCUUGAUAGUUGACAAAGAUCUUCCUGAUUUUGAAUUUCAUCAAAUGGAAGUUGUUGAAGAAUUUUCUGUGGAUUUAGUACCUGAAGGAGAAAAACAAGGUGAAAUUCACUGGUCCAGCUUGCCUACAAAUAUUGGUCCCUCAUCUUUUGAUGUAAAAGAUACUGCUGCAGUGGCUGCAAUACCUACAGAAUAUGAGUUUGGAAUCACACAUGGAGAUAAUGACAAGGUUGGAAAUAUGUGUUUGAUGGUUGACGAAGAUAUUCCUGAUUCUGUAUUUCAUCAAGUGGAAGUUAUUGAAGAAGUUUCUGUUGAUUCAAAACGUGAUGGAGAAAAACAAGAUGAAUGCAAGGAAGAGUACACGUCAAAGUUGCAAGAUCAAAAUGGAAAAUCUUUCCGUGAGGGAGGGUACUCUCGAGAUGAUCCUGCAUCUUUUAAUGAAAAGAGCUUAGCUGUAGUAACUCUAAUACCCACAGAAUUUGAAUUUGUCUGCACACUAGGAGAUAAUGAAAUGAUUGAAGAUAUUCCUGUUUCCAAAUUUCAACCAAUCAAUAUUGUUGAAGAUGCUGUUAUGGAUUCAAUAUCUGAUGGAGGAAUAGAAAAUAAAUGUGGCAAGGAGUUGGAGUCAAAGCUGCAGGCUUCCCCGAAUGCUAAAUCCUGUCAGGAAUCUGGUAACUCAGUGGAUGAAAUAGCUGAAGAUAGUGGAAAAAAUUGUACAAAGAGCAUCUCCUCCACGUCAUUCCAUGUAGAAUCUCCAAAUUCUUCAUUGCUUUAGGAAGUU